CCCCAACCCUUCCCAUUUCGCUCACACAUCGAUCACAGAAAGCUAAGCUAAAGUGCUAAACUAAGCACGAGAAAAUCUAAUCAACCAAGCUUAGAUUAGAUCAUUAGCUAUAUAUAGCUAGGCGAUUUAAUCAUCCACGAGCUAGCUUAUUAGCUAAGCAGUAGCAGCAGCAGAAGAUCGAAGAUGGUGAAGGAGUUCGUGCAGGACGAGGAGAAGCAGCGGCUGCUGCUGGACGAGCACACCGAGAAGCACUUCACCGCCGGCGAGGUGGUCCGCGACAUCAUCAUCGGCGUCUCCGACGGCCUCACCGUGCCGUUCGCCCUCGCCGCCGGCCUGUCCGGCGCCAACGCCCCCUCCGCCCUCGUCCUCACCGCCGGCCUCGCCGAGGUCGCCGCCGGCGCCAUCUCCAUGGGCCUCGGAGGGUAUCUGGCGGCGAAGAGCGACGCCGACCACUACCACCGCGAGCUGCAGAGGGAGCAGGAGGAGAUCGACACCGUGCCGGACACAGAGGCCGCGGAGAUCGCGGACAUACUGUCGCAGUAUGGGCUGGGCCCAGAGGAGUAUGGGCCCGUUGUUAACUCCCUCCGCAGCAACCCCAAGGCCUGGCUCGAAUUCAUGAUGAAGUUUGAGUUGGGACUGGAGAAGCCGGAACCAAGGAGGGCGCUGAUGAGCGCGGGAACGAUCGCGCUGGCUUAUGUGGUGGGUGGGCUGGUGCCACUCCUACCCUACAUGUUUGUGCCGACGGCCGACCGAGCCAUGGCCACCUCGGUCGUCGUCACGCUCGCCGCACUUCUCUUCUUCGGCUAUGUCAAGGGCCGGUUUACUGGCAACCGGCCCUUCAUCAGCGCCUUCCAGACCGCUGUUAUCGGCGCUCUCGCCUCCGCCGCCGCCUUCGGCAUGGCCAAGGCCGUGCAGUCCAUCUAAGUACUGUAGCCGGAGCUCCGGCUGCAGGCAUCCAAGUAAAUGUAAUUAAUUUAGCAGAUCCAAUAAGUAUUGCAGAAAUGUAUGUAUAAGUAUUUAUGUACGUUUGCUGCGUGCUUGUAGUGUAUUAGAUGUUCUGGAGGUGUAUCCGUAGUUAGCCCUAAGUGUACCAUGUACACGAGUGUAAUCACUCAUUUUAUAUCGUCUUCUAUUUUGGCUCCCUUUUUUAUAUUCGGUUGGGAUUAAUUAAUAAUGUAUUGUCGAUUUGUAAGCAAUGAUGUGCUUUGUUAUCUAUACUUACUUAAUUUAAUUA